GGCAAGUGGGACGCUAUAGUGAGUGGAGGACCUACAUGACGAGCAGAUGCCAUUUCAAAUGUGUUUGCACUUCUAACUUGGCUUGCAUGGUUGAACUCGGGGGGCAGUCCAGAUGGUUUGUAGUAUAGUGGGUACGGCAUGCUUCCAACCACUCUGUGUCUCUCUUUUUGGUUUUGAAGACCUGCUGCGUCAUAUUCAGGCACCCACAUAACCGGCCUCACAAUUGUGGAUACACGAGCGCCACCUCCGCCUUGACGCGUAAUUCCAAAAAUUCUCUAAAUCUUUCGUCAUUCUUGCCGCGAGGCCGUCGCACCUAGUGUGGAAACAAACGUGCCUGUUUAGGAAAGUCAAAACUGGCCCAAGUGUAUACGUACCUGUACUGCAUUGUGUAGCGCCCAACCGGGAGUUCUUUUCCGUCGUAACACUGGUGUUAUCAGGAUAAACUAGCACAAGCCUCGAUCGUGACCCUGAAUUGGCUUAAGCAUGUUUAAAAACGUGAUGAAUGGAAGGAAGACUGGAUACAUGAAAGGAUGGACGGAUUUGAUCAGGUGCUGAUCUAUCAUCAGGAGCCCUAAGGUGGCAAAGAGCCCAUUGAUCUUGUAAGUCUCCCUUCCACUCAGAGAAUCCAUCUAGUGUCGCGUCUCCCCAAGCUAGUGGAAACGAUCGAGUGUUCACAGUCCAGAAACACAAAGGGGGGUCCAGGGAGGGGGUCCACCUCCCCACACCAACACUUGAGGAAAGGAUCGAAGCUUUUUGGAUCAGACUAAACCCCAAUGGGGGGUAGAGGGUGGGUGUUGGGACCCGCCACCACCACCUGUGUCUGCGACCGCCGACAUCAAAAGAGGAAAGCGCAGCGUUGUAUGAAAGUACAGGGAGUGCGCGCGCGGAAUUAUAAAAGGAAGUUCAGCUCUCUUUAAUCCUGCCUUGGAAUUUGACAGAGGCGAAGGGAACCGGCGCAGCACUUCCCGACGAAGAGGCGUGGCAUCGCAAGGGAUUUGAAUUUCAGAACAAGAGAAAGAAAAACAGGAGGACAUAAAACGACAGAACACGGCCACCUGCCAAGUCCUGAAAAGCCUGUUGGAGCCGGAAACAGGGCGCGCCCGGGCGGUCACACAGCGAAGUGCCGAGGCAGCGUGGGGCUGGGACCGGGACCGGGACUGGGACUGGGACUGGCAGGGCGACAAACAGACUAGGAGGUGGGCAGCCUCUGAAGAUUCAGACCGUGCGCGUCCUCGUAUCUCGGCAGAGGACCUCGGGGCUUCUUCGUGCUUUUAUUUCCCGGAGGAUCAGCGGACACGCGAGCAGAAAGCAUGGGCCUCAAUCAGGUGACCCUGCUACAGCCUGAUGACAAGCUGGACACUGUCUUCGAGGUGUUUGCUCAAGCUGUACUUCACGCUUCCGAUAAGCUGAAGGACUACCUGGGCUUCAGUGAUCCUGAACAGAAGCUGCACAUCAGCACCAAGACCAUGAGUACAGUCUUAUUGAUGAACUUCAUCAAGUUCUGUAAGGAGAAAGGCGUGGAGGAGUGCAUUUCCACCUGCAUUAUGAGCCGGCAGCAGGAGCUGACCAUGGGUGUGGACUGGAUCUGGACGCUGAGUGGCACCACCACCAACGUGCGCUUUCAAAUUGCAGUUCAGGCCAUACAGCUCACUGGCGCUCACCAGCCAACGGAAAUGGACGAGGACCCUUAUGAGAAACGUCUGGAAAGGUCCAUUUUGGAUCUGGAUCCGAGGCAGACCACUCGAUUAGAGAAGCUGCUGGACUUUUGCUCCUCCAUUGGUGGCAACUGUCUAGGGCUGUGCAUAGUGUAUGGGGUACCGGGGAGGCCCAGGGACAUUCGAGGGGUGCUCACCAAACACCUGGGGGCCACCACUGAGAAGGGGGCCUCACUGACUGAGGCCACAGUCCUGCACUACCUGGAGAAUACAGAAUCUUUUAUAAGCACCAAAGAGAUGAUCGAGAAGCACCUGUACCGGCAGAGGGGUGCUGUGGACAACCAACCCAUCUACAUCCAAUUUCUUUGAGAAGAACUGUGAGCUUACAGAGGCCAAGAGUCCCAACUGAUAACCCCAGAGAGACUCACACAUUGACAAGUAAAACCUUGCAUUUAUAUGAACACAGAUGGACAACGCGGCCCAGUCGGUACAGCACUGGACCUCACAGCACAAAGCUGAUCGUUCAGUCCGUGUCUCUGUAUCCCUGCGUGAAGAUACUAUCAAAAAAAGAAAAUUCUCUAAUCUGUGUGUCUGUCUGUCAGUCUGUGCGUCUCAAUUAGUGUCUGUGGAUACAUACAGACGUAGACAAAUUUGUUGGUAUCCCUUGUGGACGUUAGGGGUCGCUGUUGUCCCUUUAAAUCCAACAGACAGACUCUCAGAACCCAAGGAAAAAGCAAUGAGAAGUUUUUUACUAUGUUCUUCUUAAUAGUGUCCUAAGCACCACAGCCACCAAUAAACGGGCAAAUAAACACAAAUAACAAUAGUAACAAACACAAAUCUCUC